GGGGGCGGAGACACAUGCGGCGUUGUGGGCGUGUAGGUUAGUGACGUCACUGGGGGCGGAAGUGGCUGCGGCGACCACAGAGACAGAGUUAUUCCACAUAGCCGUGGAGGUCGCGAAUCUGCCGGCGAUUGUCCAUGGCGAUCGCGGAGGCUGCGAGGUCGGUGGGGGCGGAAGUGACGUCAUCGAUGUAGCGGCCGCGUGUGUAAUGGCGCCUGUCUGAUUUUGGAGGCCGAUGGAAGAUUCUGGAACAGUUGAGGAAUCCGGAGUGUGGGGUGAGGAUUCCACAGUUGCCGUGGAGACGCGACCGGAAGUGGUGACCUGUGACCCGGAGGGUGUGUGUGUGUGUGUGGAGGCGCGGGUCAGCUGACCGGCCCAGGCUCGGCUGAAGCUGAAGGAAGUGCAGAGUUUGGCCAUUACUUCUGCCCGGUUUAAAGCAGCCGUCCUCAGAUAGUCGGCGGAAUAUCAGUGUCCUGGGAGCGAUAUAUAAAGCAAUGCAUAUAAAGUGGUUUAUUGGCCUAUAAUGUAAAAUAUCUUCACCAUGGAAGAAUCUUCAUCUGGGAUGAACACUGCAAAUAUCCAUCCAUUUGGGAAGGAGGAAGAUGACUCGUUAGAAAGACUGUUUGUAUUCUUUUGUGAUCAGUUGCGGCAGGGCAACUGGGCCUUGGCACAAGCGUGUAUGCCCCAAUUAAGGCAAUGGCAAGCUGGUGCAGAACAAGUGAAGGAAAUCCUUCAGGCAAUUGUUGUCUGUCCAUAUAAGCUAAGGUGGGAGACGCUAUCUAGCCCUCAUCGACUUGCCUGGCUGUGGCUACUGGAGCUAGAACGUUGGUGGUCACAUGAUCAGAUAUCGCUUCCGUCAAAUGUCAGAAGAGAGAUUGAAUUCUUUUUGCUUCUGGAACAGCUACAGCCACAGAUCUCACAAGAUGUCCUAAAGGAACUAAACAGUAUAUUUUUUAAAUGUCAUAAUCCUGGUAUGGUGAUUGAGAAACAAGAGGACUUCAGCACCUAUACACUAAGUCCUGAGGCAUUUUCUUCUUUGUGGAAACUUUUAUCCAGUAACCCUCAACUUGUGAAGGCCUUGGUUUCUUAUUUGAUGGUUGAAAGCACUGAAAGUUCUGCUGUGGAACACAACCAUAGGCUACAGAAACUAUUCAUUGACUUUCUGCAGAAUGCUCUAUGUAUACUAAAGGAAGCACGCAAGGGAAAUGCCAAAAAUGAAUCUGUCAUGGAUGUGUACGAGUCAACAAAAAAACAAAUCUAUUCUGUUGUUUCUGUGCUUAUAUUUGAUGCGGAAAGGGAGGCCUAUGAAAUCCAACAGUUAUGUGAGGAGCUAUAUGAUGCUUGCUGUGCCACAGAAUAUGGACUGAGUGAGGAGCAAUUACUUGGUUUCAUGCUUAGAAAAUCAAACCAAACUCUGAUCAAUUUGUACAGUACUAUAUCCAUCAAGAAGAGUAAAGAGAAGCUGAUAGCACAAAUCUCAUCUGACAGAGUUUCUCUUGGAUUAUCAGAGGCUGAAAAAGUUAUGUUAGCAUCAUUUGCAGAUGCUGAGGAACCUCCUUCUUGGAAGGCAGCCUACUUCUACAGCAUGAGCACCAAUAAGCACUUUGUGGAACAGGUUCUGGCUACUGCUUUACAAUUAAUAAAGCGGGAGGAUUACAGCACUUUAAGCAAAUUAACGAAGAAGACAUUCAAGCCCCUUUCACGACUCAUGGUGUUGCUGGGGUGGACUCACUGCCAAAGUCUAGAAUCAGCUCAGAAUCUACUAUGUACGCUCCAUCAAAGCAAGGAACAAUGUUGUGAUGCAGUGCUCCAAGACUUCUGUGGUGGGUUGUCUUCUCAUAUUGAGGUUCUUGAGUGGUGUUUGAAAUGGAACAGGAACAGCAUUCCUGAAAAGGAUUUCAUUCGCCAUUUGCACAGUCUGGACUGCCACUCUGCUUUGUAUAGUUUGCAUCACCUUACAAACCUGCCUGCACUGAAAGUGGACGAUGUCAUUGACCUCCUUCAGAAACAAUCUGCUAAUGGAAAUGGUGCAAGAUCUCAAAGCGUGACUCAGCGUCGAAAUGUGACAUUGUACCAAGCGUUUUGUGUCCUUAAAUAUGCCAUAUAUGCAAUCUGCAUAAAUGCACAUCAGCCAUCUUUGUGUAAGGACUGCCCAUAUUCGUUAUUGGAUGCAGCUGUUAAAGAUGUUGCACUUGAAACUGAGCAUGCAUGUAGUCAAGGUUGUUCUUCAGUUUUCAAGUUUUAUUUAUCCAGGUGUCAGGAGUUUCUACAUGUGAUCCCUGCUCCUUUCCGAUUAGAGGUGUUGGAGAAUAUCUUCUCUUUAUUGUUUUUGUCCUACAAUGACCUCUAUGGGGAUAAAACAGGGCAUGAAGGACAAUUUUGCCUUGAUGAAGAAGGAGACACUGAACAAAUACAAGCAGGAGUGGGCUUCGAAACAAUUGUAGAUAACUUGGAAUCCACAAUGGAAGUUGUGGAUAAUGAUGUUGUGCAUUGUGAGCACUCAAGCACUGGGCUGGAUGAAAAGAUCACACAGAAGACCUCAAAAGUCCUUCAUCAUGGUUGCAUGCAGAAGCUGAAGGUCACAAACUUUACGUACGCACCUGCGGAAAAUGAUCCAAGAGAACAGCUGGAAUAUCUGAAUCUAAAGCAUUUUACAAUGAGUGUAAAUCGUGGGAAUGGCUUUUUAGUGAAUGCAGCGACGAUGAACAUAUUUCUGGAUGUGAUAAAAGAUCAUUUGGAGGCACUAAAAUGCCAAAUUCCUUGGACACCUGGGAAUGUACCUAAAGAAGAUGUGCAGUUAAUGGAGUGCCUGAAUUGUUCAAUUAGUGCAGAAUCUUUUGACAAUCGAUUAGCACAACUUUCCAGGUAUAUCUCUGAAGCCCAAUGGAGGUACAAAGUAGUGACAAGUAAUAAAACAACUGAAGGCGACUUGCCUUGCUUCACUAAAAAUCACCGGCCGCUGGCAAAGUAUUCUACACUAAAGAAGCAAAGCAGAAUACGAAGAAAAAGGAUGGAGCAUCGAACAAGUUUGCACUUAACAGUGGAGAGUGUGAGUGGAGAUUUAAGUACAAGCACCUCAGAUGGAAGUAUGGUACAUUUUGCUGUAACAAACGAACAGGAAUUUAAGCCUCAAGUCCGACGGCAUAAUCUUCUACUUCCCAUGAUGUUGGCUCCACCAGAAUCUCUUCUGAUUUCCUGCAUCCUGAGAGGAAACUUUGCUCAAGCACAUCAGGUGGUGUUAAUGUUUGAGUUGCAGUCGUCUUACUGCUAUGCUGAACUGAUGUUUAUGGAACGAUAUCAGCAGGUGAUCAAUGAACUUGCCAAAGUGGAACAGAAAAUGGAGAACAAAGGCAUAGACAAUACCAGUCACAAAUUAAGUGUUGGAAGAUUCACACUUCAAGCAAUUGGUGAUGCAGCAGCAGCAGGUAUGGUAUUUUAUUCCAUUUCUGAUGUCGUUGAGAAGCUGAUUAAUUCAUCUGAGGUUGCCAACUCAGCAUUGCAGGAGAACUUCUGGAAGAGUAAAGUAAAAACUGAGCCGACCAAUCCUCUGCAUGAGAUUCUGGAGGAUCUCAGUGGUCCUGCUAUGGCUAUAUUUGACCUUGCUUGUACCCAGUGCCAAUUGUGGAAAACCUGUAAACAACUCCUAGAAACUGCAGAAAGGAGGCUUAUGGCUACUUUUGAGUCGAAAGGUAGAAAGAUCAAUUAUGUUCGUCAUAAUCCAGAUGGGAUCCAGGGUUUUCCUGCUGUUCUUCAGCGCAUGAGCAAAAUCCUGAACUAUUCUCUCAGCUCACACGGACAAAUCAAAGCCAAACCUGCUGAGGACAGAGUUGGCAGCCACCUGAACUGCAGUUUGAUAGAGCUCCUACUAGCAUGUUACCCUGCACUUUCUGAGGAUUGUGUCACUUUACAGCUCAACUUAUCAGAGUGCCUGGAACAGAUCACACAAAAACUUCAAACAGCAAUGAAGUCUCCUGAUCUAAAAGGAAAUAUACUCAAUUGCUUGGAACAAACAAGUUCUCGAUCUCAAGAUCCAGAAGGCCACACCAUCCAAAACCAUAUGAAGCAACUAUUGAAAAACCUAGAUCAGCACAUUCAUGAUGUGAUAGAUAAAGACCAGACAAGAGCAGACUAUGUGCGAAGCAUAUUUGACUACAUUAACACAUUUUCAGCUGUGCUCGUUCGAAGUAUGAAUCGAGAUAUGGAUCCAUUUGCAGAAGUCAAAAUAGGAAAUUCCUUUAUAAUCCUGCAACAGACCCCAUCACAACUUUUUGCUCAUUUACUUUUCGAGAAACCAACUUCACCUGAUCGGUUAUUCAUGUUGCUGCAGAAGGAAGAAUUGAACUUGAGUGUACAACAAAUUAUUAUUAGGUGCUGCUGUGAGCAUCUUCCUCUUUGGAAAACCAGGAGAUUCAGCCAUUGUCCGACAUUCCUCAGAGAAGUGACUGAACUGAUUAAAGGACAGUCAGAGCACUGCCUUCCUGAUUUGGGAAUCAUCUUUCCAAGUUCAUUCCAUCUUACAGAAGAAAAUUUAAAAGAUGAAUCUUCAGAUUCUUCCUUGGGACUGUAUUCUCUUCUUCCAUCUGCACUAAAUUUCAUCAAGUCUCGUUCAAAGUUGCUCGCAGUUCUUGUCUGUUUAACAGCUACACAAGGUCAAAGGGCGCUUAAGCACAGUCUGUCAUGGAAGAAUCGUUUGAGUGGUCGCACAGAGGUACCACUUGACAUGGAACAGAUCUCCAAGGAGUGUGAACAGUUAAUGAAGGAAUUUCCAAUCCUUGAGCACUUUCUUUAUACAAUGGCUGAACCUUUACGUGGAACCCAUGAAGAAACUGCCAGUCUUCAGGAUUCUCUGUGUGGUAACCCGUGCACUACCCUUUUGUUAGCGGGCCUUCAUUCUGAAAUAGCUGUAAGCGCACUCACUGAAAUCUUCAGGCAAGUCUUGUGUGAUGGUCACUGGCUCAAAGCAUUGAAAAUUCUUGACUUGUAUGGUGAUGAAAAUGAAGAGUUUGAGAAGCUGAAGGAUAUCCUGCUCAGCUUUGCAGUUGUGGGAGAGCAAGAAGGUUGGAAAUAUCUGUUCCGCAUGAAAAAUGCAAUUCUAAGAGCUCAGCUUGUUCUCCACUGCUCAGAGAAGUGGCCACUUGGUGCUUGUCUUGACGUUCUGUUGUAUUGUUUAAGUGAUCCCAGUACAGAUGAAAGGGAAAUUAAGUCCAAUCUAUGCAGAAAGAAGGAAGAACUUCAGGUUUAUGAGAAGAUCCUUAACUUGGGAUCUCCAGUACCUUGGUCUGGCUGGCAGGAGCUACGGAUUGAAUCCAGUCAGAAUCCACAGGCUGUGAUGGAUGUCAUUUUGCAGGCUGGAGAGUUUGAGCUUUGUGAGGCUUGGGUCCAGCUGCAUCCUGUGUCGGUGGACUUUACAAUGAAGCUCAGGCGUGAAUAUCUCCUUCACUUGCUUGAGAAAGGAGAUGGAGAGCGAGCAUUCCAGCUUCUGCAGGGAAUCCGUGAUUCUGAUAUGUGCCAAGCUGUAUGCGAGCAGGCUCUGGAUCAGCAUCCGGGGCUAGCUGCUUGUCACUUUCUGGCCAAUUACCUUACCAUGCACUUUCACAAGAGUCUAUCUGCUGCACGCCAUCAUGAAAUUCAAUCCAUGCGCAUUGGAUCAAAGCUUUUACUAACUCUACCAGAUUCAGCACGUGAUAUCUAUUCACAUCUGUCAUCAAACCCAUUGCUGAUGUUGGAGCAGCUACUAAUGAAUAUGAAAGUGGAUUGGGCAUCAGUGGCUGUCCAGACACUUCAUCAACUGCUUAUGGGGCAAGAAGCUGGUUUGGCCAUUGAAGACAUAGAUUGCCUUCUUUCUAAAUAUGCAGCCAAGGCUCUUGAAGUUCCCUUUGCAGUGCGAGAGAAAGCACGAUCAGAUUCUGUAAUCAAUCUCCAAGAUUUGCUCACCCAGAGUGCAGGACCAGAGAAUUUUCCCACAUCAUCAAAUCUUGAGAGAACGUCAAGCAUAUGUUCUGGUAACUCCUCUCUCCAAGGACCAACUACCCCUCGAGAAGGAUCUCUUCAAACGUCAAAAUCAAUUGGUGAAUUUCUUCCUCCAGAAAUCCCACCUGCUAAGAAAGACUGGAUCCCGGAUGAUAAGGCAUUGUUUUGCAUGGUCUGUGGGAAGGAAAGGUUCACCAUGUUCAAUCGACGGCAUCACUGCAGGCGUUGUGGGCGAGUUGUUUGUCAGUCCUGUUCUACAAACAAAAUGGUUGUUGAAAAGUGCAGAGAGAACCCAGCACGAGUUUGUGACCAAUGUUACAGCUAUUAUCAUGGGAAUGAAAAUGUACAACUCGAUCAAGGUGAAGAUCCCAUAAAUUGUGGUGAUAGUGAUUUGGAUCUUACUGUAGCACUACAGAUGCCGCGACAGUCAGAAGUACAUUGGAACCUGACUCUGAAUGAAGAAGACAAUGAGAAUGAACGUAGUGAGUUUUUCUAUGAGCAGGCUCCAAGUGCUUCCUUGUGUAUUGCCAUCCUGAACCUGCACAGUAAUAGUAUGGAGUGUGGCCAUCAGUUGAUAGAUCACUGCAGCAGACUGUCUCGCGCAUUGACAAAUCCAGAAGUGGAUGCUUGCCUUUUAAUAGAUAUCAUAAAGCAACUUCUUUUCAGUGCUAAAAUGAUGUUUGUGAAAGCAGGAAGGAGCCAAGAUCUGGCGCUUUGCGACAGCUAUAUCAGCAAGGUGGAUGUAGUGAAGAUUUUAGUUGCUGCUAACUACCAGGAUGUGCCUUCUCUUGAACAAAUCCUUAAGCCUGCAGCCAUCACAAGACUGAGAAAUAAACUUUUGGAAACUGAAUACUAUGCACUGGCUGUUGAGGUCUCUACUAAGGGUCUACUGGACCCGAGUGGAGUCUGGCAUGCUUGGGGGUUAGCCUGCCUCAAAGUGGGAAACCUAUCUGCAUCUCGGGAGAAAUUCAGUCGCUGCUUAAAGCCACCAUUUGACCGAAAUCAACUAUCUCUUGGUCCUCCACUUUUGCAAGAAAUAAUGCAGCACCUGGAAACUUCUGUUAAACCAGUCUCGCCAGUGCAGGAUGAUGACAUUCUUGCCUCACUGAGAGAAUUGGAGACGGUUCUGAAGGGUGACGGUACAGGUUUUGAAGUCACGGGAGAUGGAAAGAUCAAACAAAAGGUCUUUUACCAAGAGUGCUUGUACUACUUGCAAACAUAUGGCACUAAUUUGGCCAUUAUUAGUUUUUAUAUGGGACACAACUGCAUGAGAGAAGCUUUGCAGCACCUGCUAGAUAAGGCUUGCCCUGAAGAGGUGUUCAUGCAAGGGAUUUUCAAACCAAGUUACGAAAGUGGCAGACUGCAUGCUUUGGAAAACUUAAUGGAACACAUGGAUCCAAGCCUGGAAAAAUGGAGUUGCUAUUUGAUUGCAUCUUGCAAACAUUUACAAAUGAGGGGUUUUUUCAAUAUUCUGUAUGAUCUGCAGCAAUUUAUGAAGGACCACAUGCGAGCAGCCAUGACGUGCAUCAGGUUUUUCAGCCACAAAGCAGACUCCUAUAGGGAACUCGGAGCCAAUCAAGGUUGGCUGACAGAAGCCAAAGGUCACCUGAAAACAUACUUGCAGGAAGUGUCCCAACGCAGUUCGUCGAGAAAGAAAGUUACCAGUUCUUUUCGCAAGCAAAUGUCUGCGGCAGAUGUGUCAAGGUACAUGAAUACGAUUGAGCUGCAGAUUGAAGUAACCAAAUUCUUGCAUCGUUGUGAAAACUCGGGGACUUCAAAGAGUUGUGGACCCCCUGCCAGUCUCUUUGGGAAUGCCAAAAUGAAGAUGGAAGUUGCUUGCAAGGUUCUCCUUGGUGGCAAAAAUAUUGAAGAAGGCUUUGGAAUAUCUUUCAGAGUUAUUCAGGCCUUUCAGUUGGAUGCUGCUGCUGUAUAUGACAAAACUGCAAAACAUUUACUGCAAAAUCGCAAGUUCUGUCAAAUCAGACAGUUACUGAAAUGUGUCAGUGAAUCGGGAGUGGCUAGUGGCGAUGACACUGAUAACCUCCUUGUCCGAUUUAUUGAAGGCGGUGAUGAACACCUUUCACAGAAAACAAUUAAUAACCCAUGCAGCAUAACACGUAUACAACUUAAUUCAAAAGACCUAGAGAAACUGAUUCUUGAAAUGAAGAAAGAUGAAAAUAAGAUUAAAGCCUUCCUGUUGUGUGGUAAAUAUCGCUCUGCCUAUUUGGUUGCUGUGAAGCUUGAACACGUGCAGGCAGUGCAGUGUGUGCAGGAAGUGCUGGAGGCUGCUGAAAGAGCUGAGGAUGAACUCAUACCGAAAAUUUGUAGGGACUGGCUGAAGUCACACCAACUUAAGACUGUACAACAAAAAACCCACCGCAAGUAAACUUGGAGAAUCAUGAGGGCAAAAAGAAUUGUAAUUGCUACCUCAAAAACAUUUGCCAUGAAAUAUUAGAUUUAAGAACAAAAAAGGAAGAGAAGGAAAUCUCAAAAAUUCUGUAAUGGAUAUUGUACUAUCAUUUUGCUAUGUGACCUGAAGAAAGCUUUACUUUUUAAAAUUCAAAUAGAAAAAGCAAUUGCUAAGCUCUUUUCUACCCCUCCCCAUGUGCAGCAUUCUGAUUUUGGAUGUAUUUCAAGUUAACUGGUUGGGUAAGUCAUAAGGCUUCUGUGAGACAAGAGUUGACUACACAGGUGAUUGGAGUAUGACACUGUAAAUAACUGGCUUGAUGUUGGCAGAGCUCUUUAAAAGAGUGGAGGUUACUAACACAUUAACUUGGCCAAGUUAAUUAUAAUUUCAUGUUUUGUGGUUGUGGUCAAUGUUGCAUAGACUCAACUCUGUUUGGUUUGACUUACCCAGUUAGACUGAUUUAACCAAUUCAUUUUCACAGAAAGCCUGAUGCUGCUGUACAUUUACCAAUGUGAUUUGAUAUAUUUCAUUGAAACCUGAGCUUCGAAGGGGAACAAUACAUGCCCCACUUCUUCUUUGCAUUUGCUAAAGUCACUUUUUGGAGUGUGAGCACCAUCUCCUUCAAGUUGUUGAGCAAAAGUUUAUAAAUGUCAGCAUCACAGUCAGCGAAAUGUUUCACUGAUGAAGUUUCAUGAUAUCCACUUGUCAGUCAGCAGCUUGUGAAUUCCACUUGCACCUUUAGAUAAGACACAAAGGUGUUCAAAUAAAAGCAAGAUUUUCCUCCCCUUUUGAUGCUGUUUUCUUCUGCUUAAUUUCUUAAGGUAUCGACUUUUCACUGUGUACUGUUCCAUGGUGCCUGCGAACCACUGGUAUCUCAUGCUGAUACUCCAUAUCUAACCUGAGCUGUUGAAUGUCAGCUGACUAUGCCAUUAUGGUCCCAGCACAGCCUGAUGUUGUCCUCCCAAACUCUCCCCACAGCAAAUGAUGGUCGAGUCACUAAGUAGUGGAAACCCUUGGCCUUUUCCUGACAAUGCUUCAACCCAGUGAUCUUGUGAAGUUACCUGAAGAACAUCUGUCAUCCCAGUCUACCAAGGCUAAAUCAGCACAAAUCUGAGUUUUUUGUUCACACAGAAAGUACCACUUUGCUACACAGUGUCAAAUGGAUUUUGAGGUUAAGUUGUUUUCAUAGUCAAAGUUGGGUUUUUUUGUAUAUAAUUUGCAGAUAGAGAAAAUUCAAUGGUAAUGAAGCUGUUAAUUUGAAAAUAGUUUGUCACUUUUGAGAUUCAAUUUGAAAGACCAGGACAUCUUUCUGUUUUAAGUUAAAGUACCUACUUGUGUUAGAUUCAAGUACAAAAGCAUAACAUACAUCAGAUCAAAAGGUAUAUAUUUUUAAGUAGUAAGUACAGUUUUUCUAUUUCUAACUUCCCAUUCGGUAGUACUUGGAUAAAUAAUGGCAUGGCAACUAAUUUUGUGACAUUCAUCAUGAAAUAUCAUUCUGCAAAUUUCAUUUUGUCAAGCUGCACUUUUGCAGAAUAUCACCAACUCACAGCUGAACACUGUGAUAGUGCAGGCAGAUCCCAAAGACUUGCUAGAUAAAGAUGUGUCUUGUUUAUCCCGACCUGGAGUUGGGUGUUAGGUAAUUUGAGUAUACUUAAAAAAAAAAAUGUCACCUCGGCCUCUCUUAAUUGUUCAGAUUCAAUCGUGACGGUUUGGUGCUGUACUUACAAUACUGGAUAUGCUGACUUUACAUAUCAGUGGAGACAUUUUGUAAACUUUUCACCAAAUUUUCAGCGUCUUUGCUAAACUCUGAAUAUCUAAUGACUUUUGAUAUUCUAAAUUAAUUACUGAUUGAAAAUGAUAGUUUGCCUGCACAAAUACUGUAACAUAAUGUUGCAGCCAACUUGAAUUAAUACAACACAUCUAUUGGAAAUAAUACCUUAACUAGUCAGAAAAAAACCCUGCUCUUCUGAAUUGAUAGAAUGACUAUGUAACAUCGAUAUCCUUUCCAUCUGAUAUUUUCUUUCAUUUUGAGAGAUGCCUUAUUUUUAUAACGUGUACAAUUUAGACUUUUAUAUUUGGGAGUUUUAGUUUCUGAGAAAUAAUAUUCAGUUUAAUAAGCAUCGCAUCAGUCUUGUAAACAUUGUAAAAAAAACUAAAACUUGUAUUGAUGAUAUGACUGACAAUGUUGCAUCAUGCAGUUACUUAUGUAUUUUCAUUCAUUAAUAGUACAAUGUAUGAUAUUGUUUGUAAAUAUUACAAUUCACAAAUGUGAUUAUGAUCCAGAACUGUAAAUAUACAUAAUUUUUAAUCAUAUAUUGUAAUAUUGAGGAUUCUGUUUAGAUAAAGACAAAGUUUGUUGUAUUUAGAUUGGUACAGGGCUGCAUUCACAAUUAAUAUUCAAAAUAUUUACAGCUGAAAUAAAUCUUACAGAAGUAAAUCUGGGACAUGAAAGAAGUGGCGUAGUGCUGUGCAGUACCAAGAGCUUAAAUAGUAUUAUAAAUGUUUUUUCUCUUGGAAAAUUGUAACUGUAAUUGCUUUAAAGUCAUUCUUUUGAAAAGGUGCAUAAAUGCUGCACAUGAUUUUUUUUAA